AUGAUCAGUUCGUUAUUCGAGCUCAUACCUGGUGCGGAAUUUCAUCACCGCACCGUCCGCCGUAAAACCAACUUCCAUGCAUAUCAACUGGACCACUGGAAAACAGUACUCAUUACGAUAUCGUUAGCCAAGGUGUUCUUAACUCACGUACCGUCUGGUUGGUACGUGGUGUCGGAUCUGGACGUCUCGUUCCCGCUACCAGACCAAAAGUUCUCCGAUGAACACAGAAGGAAGCAUCACAAGCAGAAGAGGCAGAUCUGGCAGCAGAUAGAAGACGCCCUUUACGUUAACAACAUGGAUGGUCGAGAAUGUGUGCUACGUAGCAUCUGCGAAAGCAAGAAAUAUCUCGCACCGCCAGGGAAGUCGCUAGUUCAUGACCUCUUGAGAGCAAUAUUUACAGCACCAUUGCAAGAGGACGAAAAUGAAAUAAGUGAAAUGUACAGAGAAAUAUUGGAUCCGAACUUCUGUGACCGGCCUCAUAAUUGUCCGUUUUCCAUCCUGGAUUUUAUUUUAAUGCUCAAUAAACAAAAGCAUUAA